AUGCGUUUGUAUGAGAUUUCUGGUAUAGUAAGUGGUGUCGCGCCUUUUCUAGAUUUGCUGCAUUUCUUUUCGCCUGAACAGGUGCCACCCGCGCCGCCAAGACCCGACUUCGAUGCCUCGCGCGCCAAACUCCAGCGUCUGGGCAAGAGUGAAGGCACCAUGACCAAACAGGACAUGCAGAAAUUAAAGGCCGAACUGGAGGCGUGA